ACGUCAUAACGUCACAGUGCGCGCUGUGCGACAGUACGGUACGCGUCGCGUCCUCCGAUCCCCGACCUCGUCGUUGUCGGUGUAUCGUCAGAUGGUCGUGGGAGCAGGUAGCUAACGAGGCAACCGUGGAGAGAAGGCGAUCCUUCUCAGAGAGAUAGUGCCGCCGUUCUCCUCCGAACACUAGCACACUCUCGCGAAAACGAGAUUCGUUCAAGGACGCUCGUGUGUCCACCGGACACGCUUGGACUGUGAUUUACAAAAGAAGCAAAGAUCAAUCGACGAGUGUCUGUCUUUAUUCAUCUCUCCGUCAUUCGUAUGGUCUCGUCCGUGUGGAAGGUUUUAUUACUCAUUAUCUGUCACGCGCGCGCAAUGUGUUCCCAGCGACAGUGACAGCUCCGCUAUAAGAGAACUUUCGAUGCUCUUCUGUGCGUCAGAGUGCGGUAUUCUUUGUGAUUCUACACCCACACGUAGACGAUCAGUCAUUGAACACGCGUUGUCUGUCGAACUCGAAUCCGGAACGUGUAUUUGCGAUUACACUCGGUUUUGAGUUUGAGAGUUACAUCGUCGAACUAAUCGAGAUGUCUGCUGACAUAAGAGACGUCGAUCCCUUCAGCGAGUUGCCUAUGGAACAAGAUCUCUGCGAAGACGAUGAUGAAGCAAACAUAGAAGAGAGUCCAAAGGAUAAUGUAGAAAUUGUAAAUGAAGUUGCUUAUGCAGAACCUUUGACUGCGGAAGAAAUACGUUGGUUUUAUAAAGACGGCGUUGACAAACGAUGGAAUGAAUUUUGUGGAUACGACAGCUUAAGAAUAGAGAAAAUUUAUCAAGAACGUCAAAGUUUAAUUGGUGAAAAUAACGAUGAGAUAAACGAUUUACCGCCUGCUGAGAAAAUUGUAGUUAGGGGAGGCAUGUACGAUGUCGAAAUCGACAAUAUGAAAUGUGUUUCCAUAUACUGGCCAGGCGAAGAAUGGGAAAUUAUGAGAGGCACAUGGUAUUAUGACGGAAGCUGGAUACCAUUAGAAAUAGAACAUUCCAAAGUGAUAGAAGAAGUCCAUCUUAAAUUAUUCCAAAAGGAAAGCAACAAUCAAAGUAUCUCAAAUUGUGAUACAAACACAACUCAAUCCUAUAAAGUAUUACAUACCGAACAGUUCUCUGAAUUUCACGUUGAUUGGCAUUCAACUAAUGACGUGACAUUAUACAGUGAAUAUACACCUACUAAAUUGAUGCGCAGCGUUACAUCAAAAUUAGGUUUUGCUAAAACAACAGGCUAUCGAUUAAAGAGGGGUUAUAAAACGUGUGCAAAUAUAGAAGAUAAGCCACGUGAUAUUGACCAUUUAGUAUUUGUUGUUCAUGGAAUAGGACAGAAACGUGAUACGGGAAAAAUUAUACGUAACACCACAUGUUUCAGGGAUUGUGUGGAUUGGCUUAAGCAGAAAUAUUUUCCAAAUUCCAAACACAGAGUAGAAUUCUUUGCAGUUGAAUGGCGGUCGUCGCUAAAAUUAGACGGAGAUAUAGUAGAAGCAAUUACACCCUAUAGCGUCUUGAGCAUACGUCACUUGUUAAAUACAUCAGCGAUGGAUAUUUUAUAUUACACGAGUCCAUUAUAUGGUGCUGAGGUUCGAGUCGGCUUGCAGAAGGAGCUAAAUAGAUUGUAUUCUAUGUUUGCAAGUCGGCAUCCGGAUUGGCAAGGAAAGGUUUCAAUUUUGGCACAUUCCCUUGGAUGUGUAAUUGUGUAUGACAUAGUUACAGGCUGGAUGGGACAUGACAUGCGACUUCCAUCCCCACAGGCACAAGAGGUUUUAUUGCAAGGAUUACAAUUUCCUAUCGAGAAUUUAUUUUGUUUGGGUUCGCCAUUGUCUGUAUUCUUAGCGUUACGUACACGCGUUUCAUCUAACAGACUAGACGUGAUGCCGCAAGGUUUAUGCAAGAGAUUUUAUAAUAUAUUUCACUGGUCCGAUCCAGUGGCUUACCGGAUGGAACCGCUUUUGGAAAGAGGCUACAGUAAAGUUGAACCAGUCCUUAUACCACCGUACGGUGGAGUCGACGGACAACAGAUGCCACAAUCGCCUUCGUCAUUGAAUAAUGUGGAUCCAAUUUUACCGCCUUCUGAAGGCGAUGAUAAAGAUGAUAAAGACGAUAAAGAUGAUAAAGAUGAUAGUCCGGUGGACACACCUCGUAAUGCAGAGAAAGGCUGGAGUCUUUGGGAUUUAGUGCGAGGUGGAUGGGCUGUUAAAGAAGGUCCAUCUUCGCCAACACCAGACUCAAAUCCACCGAUCCGUCCAGGUCAAGAAUUAGCGCAACGAUUGGAUUAUGUACUACGUGCAGUCGGUUUAGGAAGGAAUUAUUUAUACACGGUAACAGCUCAUACGGCGUAUUGGAAUAAUUAUGACGUGGCCUAUUUUGUAUUAACAAGACUGUUCCCGACGUUGGAAACGUGAUGGCGGUUGAAAUAUUUAAUAGCCAAACUUUGACGUUUUUUGCUAAAAUGUUCUAGUCCACUGGAGGCCUGUACAUUGAACAUGUGAUAUCGCAAAUAGGCCUACCACCAAAACAAUCUGUGAUAAUGGAAAAACGAUGCAAUAAUGUUGUAAAUUCUGUAGAAAUCAUUUUAUAAUGUUUGCAUAAUUUAGUAUCGCUGUAUAUAUCAAGUUACAGGAGACGAAAGAACUUUGCCUCUGCUCGGUUCAAAAGUAACUUGUUUGUACCAAACAUAAUAAGUGAUUAACAUGUUUGUAUAUAAUAUCAUACAAGAGAAAAAGAGAGAUUUUGUAAAUUGUAGGAAUACAUGAAAAAAAUAAGUUUUCGCGAA